AGUUCGAGUUUAGCCUUCGAUGCGUUCAGACGUGUUCGGAAAAAACUAGAAAAGAACGGAAAGCAAAGCAAAGCAAAAAAAAGCCAACUCUUCAAAAUCAAAAAUCUUUGAGAACGUUUUUAUCUCUCUUAAUCAACGUCGAGUUAAGUGUUAAGUGCUUCAAUAAGUGAAAGAUACGCCGCCAAUUGGCCGACUUGUCAAAUUAGUGCAGCACACAAGAAAUCUUAACUAAAGUGUGAAAAAUAAUACAAAUUCAAAAAAAUAAAAUAAAAAUACAUCAAAUUCUCUGGGAUUAAAAAAUUUGCCGUCGCAUUCUCUAUUUGGAUUACACUGAAACCAACAAAAUAAAAAAAGCAAAACAGCAGUUGCAAUUUAUAUUUUUAUUGUAAAACUGCUCGGAAUUUGUCAACCGUCGCAUUUUCUGUGGAUUACCCAAUAAACAAUAAACAAAAGCCAAAGCAGCCCAAAAUGGUUGUCUUGGAAGGCGGCGGUGGUGUUGUCACCAUCGGCAAUAACCAAUACUUGCAACCGGAUUACUUGGCCCCAUUGCCAACAACGAUGGAUGCCAAGAAGAGUCCGUUGGCACUGCUGGCCCAGACUUGCUCACAGAUUGGAGCCGAUUCGUCGGCAGUGAAGCCGCUGCUGGCCGUGGACAAGAGCAAGAAAUCGGGCACAUGCUCCUCAUCGUCGACGUCGUCGAGCUGCUCGACGAGCAGCAACGAUAUCGGCCAGGCCAAGUCACCCAGCCAAGCCAAAUCGCCCAAGUCGACAACACCGAUUACAACAACAAGCACAGCAACAACAUCGAUACCAAUUAGCAGCAGUGGUGCUGGUGGCAAUGAGAUCAAAUUGGCCUUCAAGCCGUACGAGACGAACGUGUUGAGUCAACAGAAUCAGAACAGUUUCAAGAGCAGCUGCCUGGGCGACGACACCCAAAUCCCGACGAGGCCCAGCUCCAAGAGUUCCACACAGGAGCGUGUUCCCUCGCGCAAUCGUUCGAAUGCCACGCCCACCAACACCAGCACCAGCAGCAGCCACGAUGCCAUCCAGUCGAGAACGGAACUGGAUAACAGUCGCAAGACGGUGUCGCCAUCGGGUUCGUCGCAGCGCGGCGCCAGUCCCAUUGUCCGCUCCGGGAUGGAGGUGUUGAACAACGCCAACGGCACCGCCCAGCAUCCCAAGGAGAUGAGCAGCAUGGCGGCGGCAGCAGCAGCGGCUGCAGCUGCCUACAAGGCAGCCGGUCCCUAUGGCCUCAAUCCCCUCUCCGCUCUCUGCUGUCCGCCGGGCAUGGAACAGCAUGCCGCGAAUCCUGCAUUCCGUCCGCCAUUCGGCGGCGGUUUCUCGCAUCAUCAUGCGGCCAUGUUGGCGGCAGCGGCUGCCAACGGUGGCUAUCCGGGUGCUGGUGCCGGACCAGCGGGCCAACCCAAUCCGUAUAUCAGCUAUCAGCGCAUAAAGACGCCGGCUGGCGGCGAGGCGAUUGUGCCCGUGUGCAAGGAUCCGUAUUGUCCGGGCUGCCCCUAUUCGCAGCACACGCAACAGAUGCUGAUGGGCGCCCCCUGCCCCGCCGGCUGUGCCCAGUGCGAGCAUCAGAAAUAUGGCAUGGCCAUGGCCAGUGCCGGUCUGCCACCCACGCAUCCCUAUUCCCAGGCAGCUGCGGCUGCUGCGGCAAAUGCGGCAGCUGCCCGCUCGGCGCCCUACGUCUGCAGCUGGGUGGUGGGCGAUGCGUAUUGUGGCAAGCGUUUCCAGACCUCCGACGAGCUCUUCUCCCAUCUGCGCACCCACACCGGCAAUCUCUCCGAUCCGGCUGCUGCUGCCGCCGCACUUGCUCAAUCCCAGGCACAAUCGCUGCUCGGCUCCCUCUUCCCGCCUUCGGCGCUCCGCGCUGGCUACCCAACACCACCGCUGAGUCCGAUGUCUGCCGCGGCGGCGGCUGCCCGUUAUCAUCCGUAUGGCAAGCCGCCGGGCGCCCUUUCGGCUGCACCCUCCCCCUUUGGGGCUGGAGGUGCCUUCAAUCCGGCGGCGGCGGCUGCGGCAGCUGCUCUGGGUCCCUAUUACUCACCCUAUGCGAUGUACGGUCAACGCAUGGGCGCAGCUCAUCAGUAAGCAGCGAAGAGAUGGAGCGAUGGAGAGUGGAUACCAAAUAACACUAAAAGUUAGUGUUGCACAACACGCUCGCGAAAAGGAGGAGGAGGAGGAGGAGGAGGAAGAAGAACAACUCUGUGUGUCUCUUGGAAAUAUAAGCAUGCUAGAAUUGAUGAUGAUUACGGUAACGCUCUCAGCGGCGUUCGCUGUUCUGUGAUACUAAACUGUAGAUUUGUCGAGCGCUAAAAUUACAUUUAAGUUUCCAAUAACAACAAACAGUAACAAAAACAAAAAACUAAAAAACAAAUAAGCCCAACAGUAAAAUGAAUAUCCAUCAAAUUACUAUCACAAGUCAGCAAAAGCAAAUAAAAUUGCUCAGUUUUAUUUUUUUUUAUUUUUUAACAGUUUUGUUUUCAUUACAAAAAACCCAUUUCAAUUUUUAUUUCAUUUUUUGAGCAUUAUUUUGUAAGUUUGCUUUUGUUCUCAAAGUUCAACCAAAGUUUUUGUAAGUCUUAGCGAUGCAAAUUUUAAUGACUUCCAGUUCUCUUGCGAUCUAUAUAUAUAUAUAUAUAUAUAUGGAAAUCGCAUGAAAAUCGUAUGUUUAUCAGGUUUUGUUUAUAUAUACAUACAUACAUACAUACAUACAUCAAUACAAGCAUAUUACUGAAUGUUUAAGCAUUGUUUUUAUUCUAAUUUGUCUAGAUUUAAAUUAGUUCUUAACUAUUACAUCAUACAUACAAAAAAAAAACAAAAAAACAAAAAACAAAACAAAAAACUACAAAAUAAUAGUAUGCAUACAAAUUUCAAUAAUGUUUUAAGUCAUUUAUAUGUAAACUACAGCGUAUAAUAAAAAAAACUGUAAUAACAAACAUAAACAAAGCAAAACAAAAAGAUUAAAAAAAAAAAAUUGAUACAAAAAAAAAAUACAAAAUACAAAAAGAUUUCAUAUAAUUAUUUACUGUGUAUAAAUUCAAUGAACAUAAAUUAGAAGAUUUGCGAUUACCACUUGAUGAAUGCCACACGAGCAACCACAAAGCAAAAAACAAAAAAAAAACACAAAAGAA